CCGCCAUUCCACCGUGCCCCGCUCCCCUCACAGCGCCGCCAUUCCACCGUGCCCCGCUCCCCUCACAGCGCCGCCAUUCCACCGUGCCCCGCUCCCCUCACAGCGCCGCCAUUCCACCGUGCACUGCGCUCCUUCCCCUCACAGCGCCGCCAUUCCACCGUGCCCCGCUCCCCUCACAGCGCCGCCAUUCCACCGUGCACUGCGCUCCUUCCCCUCACAGCGCCGCCAUUCCACCGUGCCCCGCUCCCCUCACAGCGCCGCCAUUCCACCGUACCCCGCUCCCCUCACAGCGCCGCCAUUCCACCGUGCCUCGCUCCCCUCACACCGCCUCUAUCCCACCGUGCCCCGCGAGCUUCCUUCCCCUCACACCGCCGCCAUCCCGCCGUUCCCCGCGCUCCGUCCCCUCACGGGACGCCUCCCGUCCCCUCACACCGCCGCCAUCCCACCCUGCACCGCGCACUUCCUUCCCUCACACCGCCUCCAUCCCACAGUGCCCCGCUGCCCUCACAGCGUCGCCAUCCCACAGUGCACCGCGCUCCGUCCCCUCACGGCGUCGCCAUCCCACCGUUCCCCGCUCUCCAUCCCCUCCCCUCACAGCGCCGCCAUCCCGCCGCGCCCCGCGGCCCCGCGCAGCCAUGGCGUACCGCGGGCAGGGCCAGAAGGUGCAGAAGGUGAUGGUGCAGCCCAUCAACCUGAUCUUCCGAUAUCUGCAGAACAGAUCCAGGAUCCAGGUGUGGCUCUACGAGCAGGUGAACAUGAGGAUAGAAGGCUGCAUCAUCGGCUUUGACGAGUACAUGAACCUGGUGCUGGACGAUGCUGAGGAAAUUCACUCCAAAACCAAGUCCAGGAAGCAGCUGGGUCGGAUCAUGCUGAAGGGGGACAACAUCACCCUCCUGCAGAGCGUCUCCAGUUAGGAUGGAGCUGGAAAAUCGGGAUUGGGAGCUCUGGAAAACCGGGAUGAGCCGGAGCUGGAACUCCCCGCGCUUUCUUUGGGAAUUCUGUUUUGUAGUUCGGGGCUUUGGGAAAUAAAAAUGUUUUUUGACAAAA